AUGGCCCCCUCAACGCCACCGCCCCAGCAGAUCGGCCUUGCCCUGCCCCUGCUCUAUCGCUUCUUCUUCCUCUUCCUCGAGCCCGCGUCCGCCCUCGCUGGCGCCUACUUCUGCCACGCGCGACCGGCGCGCUACCUGACCCUCCUUGACGCGCCCUCCGCCGCCGCGACCAUCUACGCCACCGGCCGUCAUCCUGCGCAGCACCCGCGACUUGCGCGUCUGGCGCGCCGUCCUCGGCGCGCCGUCCUCGGCGCGGCGCUGCUCGGCGACUUGGCACGCCUGCACGCGCUGCGCGCCCUCGGGCCGCGCAUCUACUACGACGUCGCGGCGUGGAACGCGGCCGCGUGGGGGAACGUGGGGUGGAUUUACGUCGGCGCGAUGCUGCGGGUGUGCUUCUUGGCCGGCGUGGGCAUGGGAGCCAAGGUGCCGGCCAAGAAACGCCAAUGA